AGGAGCCACCACCUCUUGCACUACUGGAGCAGUGGACACAGAGCUGGAAAGGGCAGGAUCACCAGGGAGCCUUGGGGAGAACUGGACACACCCCGCAUGCGUGGUCACGUGUUUCAGCCGCUUGCAGCCGCCGCUGUGGGCCUCAGGCUUCAACUGGGACUCAGAGGUGGGACCCGGCCAUACCGGGACUGAGCAGCUGCUUGCAGGGUGGGGACUGGGUGGCUCUCAGAGACGCAGUCCCCACCUCUAGUCUAAUGGUGGUCCCACCUCCCGGAGAAGAGCAAUUCUGUGGUGGACACGGGAUUCCAUCCACAGAACCCUUCCCUAAUCGGGGCCUUGCUGGCUACGAUGUCUCCAGCGGCCUGGGCCUCCCGAGACUUCUUCACACCGCUCCCCCCCAACCCAGGUUUGGGGUGCCUGGGACUUUGCUCCGCCUGGGCUGGUAUUAGGGGCCACUCGCCCCCUGCUUUGGGCCUGCCUGUGUCAUUUACAAGCCACCCGGGGCCUUCUUUCUGAGGCCACGUGCUGCUCCGAGGGGAAGGAGCGCUGGCGGGAAGGAAAGGGGGGGCGCAGGCCUCUGGUGAUCAAGUUUGACAGCCGCCCCCUCCUCAUCCCCGCGGCGGUGUUUUCCUCUAGGGUUCUUCCUCUAACCCCUCCGGAGUCUGGGGUCCGGAGCCCGGGCGAGAGCGCCGCGGACCCCAGCGGCUGGCCCGGGAGAGGCCGGGAGCGAGGGGGAGCUCAGCUCGGGUCGCGGGCGGGCGGGCGGGCGGCCACGCCGCAAAUGCCUGGCAGUGUUUGACUUCGAGUCAGUUCCCCGCCGCGGGAAGGGUGCUCACACGCACACGCCCCGACACCGCCCGUCUGGGGAGCGGGGACCGGGGCCCCCAGACCCGCACCCGCCGCGGCGCACUCCUGCGUGGCCAGCGCGGCCCUGCGCCGCGUGACCGCCCCCUCCUGCCGAGACCCCCGGCCCCCUCGCCACGCCCACGCCCCAGCCCCACCCGGCGGUCCAACUCCGCGGUGGCGAGGAGGGCGGGCGGGUGCCCGCCGCGUCGCCCCCACCCCGCCCAGCCUUCACCUUGCCGGAACUGGCUCGCGGACGCGGGCUGGAGGGGUUGGAGCGGAUUUAUUUUUUUUCGCAUUUUUCCAGCAGACCACAUCCCCGCCCCCCGCUCGCGGUCCCCCGCCCCCUGCACAUAUACCCUGCACAGACACACACACACAGACACACACACACACACACACACACACACACACACACACACAGAGCCGGCGCGCACAGACACGCUCCCUCCCUCCGGCGCGCUCUGCCACUCGCCCGCCCGCCCGCCGCGCACGCAGCCGGCCCCGGCUCCCCGCGCUCCGCGCUCCGCGCCCCGCGCCCCGCCGCCGCCGAGCGAAGCCGGGCUGGGCUUGGAGCUGCUCAUGGAGAAAGUGCCGGGCGAGAUGGAGAUUGAGCGCAGGGAGCGGAGCGAGGAGCUGUCCGAGGCGGAGAGGAAGGCGGUGCAGGCGACGUGGGCCCGGCUCUAUGCCAACUGCGAGGACGUGGGGGUGGCCAUCCUGGUGAGGUUCUUUGUGAACUUCCCGUCGGCCAAGCAGUACUUCAGCCAGUUCAAGCACAUGGAGGAUCCCCUGGAGAUGGAGCGGAGCCCACAGCUGCGGAAGCACGCCUGCCGGGUCAUGGGGGCUCUCAACACCGUGGUGGAGAACCUGCACGACCCCGAGAAGGUGUCCUCUGUGCUCGCCCUCGUGGGCAAGGCCCACGCCCUCAAGCACAAGGUGGAGCCCGUGUACUUCAAGAUCCUCUCUGGGGUCAUCCUGGAGGUGAUCGCCGAGGAAUUUGCCAACGACUUCCCACCCGAGACGCAGAGAGCCUGGGCCAAGCUUCGCAGCCUCAUCUACAGCCACGUGACCGCUGCCUACAAAGAAGUGGGCUGGCCCCCCAGCCACGCUGCCCUCUUCGGGGCCGUAGGACCCUCUCUCUCCUCCCCCGUUCCUGGCAGCACCUUGAGCAGAAGGCUGAGUUCUGAAGACCCUCCACCUCUGGGUGCCAAGGAAGCUGGAGGAAUCCCUGACUCGUCUUCCCGGAAAGACGCCACCUCCGCCUCGGCCACAGUCCCCCUGGAGCCGCCGGGAGGUGGCUCUGGCUGCGGACCCCAGCUCGGGGGCGCGGCGGGUGGCCUGUGGGGGUGGGGGACCCUUCCUCCUUGAAGAGCCGGGCACACCCUUCUUAGCUUUUCUACUCACUGUUAGAGACGCAGGCGAGCGGCUGGCAGGAAGCAGGGACAGGUCUGUGAGUCACUCGAGGAACAGAGCAGCCCUGUUUCUCUCUGCCUGGCCGCACGCAGGUCUCCAUGUCACUUAUCUAGAGCACCACGCACACACGUCUACCGUAUAUCGGAUAUAUUCUAUAUACAAUCUAUAUAAAUCUCUCUAUAUAUACACUGCAUAUCUAUACUGUGUAUCAGUGGGGCCCAGGGGCACGUGUAAGGCCUCGUUCUGCCCACCGAGGGGUCCUGGCAGCUUCUGGGCAGAGACCAGAGGGUUCUGGCAGAGAUGGGAGGGGGGCUCCCACAUCAGCCGAGAGGACCUGGGCAGGGUGGGAGGGACCCAGCUUGCGGGCUGAGCACAGCCCAGGGUUCUCUCUGACCAGCUCCCCUCCUUCCUGCUUUUCCACUCCAGGCAAAAAGGAUUUGGCUUUCCCUACCUCUGCCCCCCACUAAAGGGCGUGGCUCCCUGACUUGCCCCCAAACAAGGGCAAGGGCAGACAGAGGGGGCCAGAAGUUCUGGUUGCAGGAUGACCGCCCAGGGGAGGGGCCAAGGUCAAGAAGCCUCAGAGGCCGCCCGCUCCACCGCCUGUGUGGCUAAGACCGCCCGGCAGGAGGGGGUCCAGGCUGCGGUCAGAGGGGCCUUCCCUCCCCGGCCCCUCCCGGCUGCCGGCCGGCGGUCGGUCCCGUCCAUCCAUCUGGCUGGCGUUGCUGGGGAGCCCUCCACGUGUGCCCCCUGAUCACGUGCAUCUCCCUCCAGGAUAUUCUGCUGCUGUGGCUACUGUGCCUGUGUCUCCCCUGUCCCCUCCUCGUGCAGCCAUCUGUGUAACGGCCUGUCCUCCUUUUGUAGUUUCUGAUGUUUGUAACCAGACCCAGCCGUGUCAUUAAACAGACUCGUUCUUCCUGUG